GCCAGCGCUGUGCGACGUUUGCGGCCAAUGUUGAAGACGACGUUACGGCAGCGCAACGAAACGUAUACAAGCGGUUUGUGUUGAAAAUACGAUAAGCGAUAGGCAAAGUUAUCGCAACGACAACGCUUUGAGUGUAAAAUAACAAUAACUUUUCGUGUUCAAAGGUGCAAAAUGCGCCACUAGGCGUAUACGUGAUUAUUGUUAAGUGCUACCGCAUGGCAAAAUGAAUACAACAAACACAAUAAUGACAUUGAAAUGGCGCCAGAAAUACAAAAGCAGAAAAAGGCCAAAGAAACUGAAACAACAACGAAUAAAUGCAACAACAACAGCUGCAACAACAACAACAACAAACACUGCCGCAACAGGAACAAAACAAUUCAGACUGAGAGAGAGUAUGGAGCAGCCCAGCUCGAGCAAUUGGCAGUCAAAUGAGCGCCACAUAACUGUCACGCAAAUGUUGCAAGUGCCAACAACAACAACAACAACAACAAGAACAACAAUGGCAACACAAUGUCAUGCAAUUAAGGCUUCCAGCUGCAACAGCGGCCAUUGUCAGCUGCGUCAACGUCAACGUCAACGUCAGCGUCACGUAUUUCCGACGUCAACGUCGACGCUGACGCUGCUGCUCUCGCUGGCCGCAACAGCAGCCAUUGCAGCAACAACAGCAACAGCUGCAGCAGCAGCAGCAGCAGCAGCGGUCGCCGCCUCCACAUCAAACGCUGCCAAACCUGCCAAUUUGUCUGGUUCCGGAACCGGCUCCAGCUCCGGUUCGGGCUGCUCCCUUGCCGAGUUCAGCUGCUCGAAUGGACGCUGCGUGCCAUUGAGCAAAUUUUGCAAUAACAACAACGAUUGCGGCGAUGGCAGCGACGAGCCGCGCUUCUGCACACGAUGUAAUCGCACCUACUACGGGGAUAUUGGACAGACAUACGCUUUGGAGCUGCAUCGACCCAAACAGGAUCGGGUGCCCUUUGUCUGUGUGCUCACGUUUACGGCAGCGGGCGGACAGCACGGUGAUGUGGUGCAGGUAACACUGGACAGCUUCACCAUUGGCCGCUUCACCAGCUACGUGCACGAGGGCUGCCCGGAUGGGUACAUGCAAAUCGCGGAAUCCGCACGGACGCCCAUUGGCGGCAUGUGGUGCGGCAGCUCGUGGGGACCAGUAUUAUUCUAUAGCGAGACGCGCAGCCUGAUAUUCACCAUCAAGCUGAACAGACUUGCCCGGGAUCAAAGCGGCUACAACUUCGACUUUCGCAUUAGGUACAAGGUGCUCUCAAAGGAUAGCUCCGUGACACGCUACGGCGGCAUUAAGCUGGCAGAGCUCAGCCAGUGGCACAAUCGCAGCAGCUUCCUGAAUCCACAGCAACAGCAGCAGCAGCAGGCUUUGGAGGACUUUACAAAUUCUAGUGGCGCUCGCUCGGAUCGCUAUGGCCAGGAUUUCAGCCUGUUUAGCGCGUAUGCGAAUAACAAGACCUUCAUGGAUUCACUGGAGAAGCCGCUGCCAAAGGACGAGCACAACUACACCGAGCCCAAAUACUAUCUGGGCGACCUAAUACCGGGCACCUAUUGCUCGCGCAUCUUCAGCGAUUGCGACAAGAAGCCCUGCCGCCUGCAAUCGCCCAACUAUCCGGGCAUCUAUCCGCGCAAUCUCACCUGCUACUAUGCGGUGCGACAGCACGAUGUGCCUCAUGGCAAGCAUGCGCUGAUUUUAGUUAAACAGCCCAAAGGGAAUCUGGUCUGGAUAUCCACGCAGGAGACGGCAACCCAGCCGAGUGCCAGCGACAAGGAUAAGAAACUGGAGCCGAGGCUAAAAACAUGGAAUGACUGCGAUUACAUUCAGGAAAAUGUAAAGCCCAAAUGGAAAUCAACGGACUACGUGACCGUAUACGAUGGCUAUACCACACGUGACCCCAUCAUUUUGAAAUUUUGCGGCGGAGGUCAGGCGGUGCCGGCAGCCGUAUCCAGCGGUCCGGAGCUGCUGGUCGAGUUCAGCACAUCGCCGUUUGGCACCUUUACGGGCACCUCGUCGCAGCUGCUGCCGCUCUACGGCUUUCAGCUGGAGGUGGAGGUGCAAUUCGUGGACAUCCAGAGCCCGACGUACUCGAAGAACAAGAAGCCGUGUGAGUUUUGGAUACGUGGCGCUGGACGCGGCAUUCUGGAGAAUCCCAAACACUCGCUGGCACCCAACUCCACGUGCCUGUAUCAUCUGCAGGGCAUGGGCGUCUUCAAGACCUUCGACCAUUUGAGCCUGUCGCGUCGCACCAACAGUCAGUCCGGGCUGCAUCAGCCGCUCUCCCGCUUCAAGGUCUGGAUCUCUGUGCUGAAGUUCAAUCUGGAUCCGGAAUUUGGACAGAUCGAUGAGACGUCGGUGGGCGCAAUUGGCGUGCUGCAAACGCAGGAGGACUGCAGCGGCAUGCUGCGCAUCUGGGACGGCACACUGCGCGAUGCGCCCGUCUGCAAGGAUCUCAACUGCGCCAGCGAGCCGAGCGGCUACAAUGCGCUGGGCCAUUAUUCGCACAACUCGACGAAUGUGAUUGCGCGCUUCUGUCGCGGCACGAUUCCGCGCACCUGCGAUCGCUCCAACAUCAAUGAGACCUUUGCGCGACCCUGCACCAUCUCCGAGAGCUAUGUGUCCAGCAGCGAUGCCAUCACGCUGGAGUUGCGCAACACGGAGUCCACGGUGCUCAGACCCCUCGACUUCAAGCUGAAGUACGAGUUCAUUGAUCUGCAUCAGGAUGGCCUACCUCAGGGCGGCGGCGAGCUGGACUGCAAUCGCAAGUUUGUCAGCAGCCUAAUGGAUCGCAAGGAUCCGGCCAUCUUUCGCAGCGUGCGCAACAUAUUCCUCUUUGGCCGCGGCGGCACGCGGCAUCUCAAGUGUGUCUAUCGCUUCGAGGCGCUGCGCGGCGAGCGGGUGCGCAUCAAGCUGCGCAAGGUGACCACCUCCAAUAGGGUUUGCUAUUCGCGGCUGGACGAGGACAUCAAUCGCUCCUUCUGCUAUGGCGACACCAAUGUGCGCGUCGAGAUCUUUGAGCGUCCGUAUCCGGACUCGAUACUGUUGCAUCGCGGCUGUGUCUGCAACUCCUCCAAUCAAUCCCAUCUGCCCAUUGAGUACACUUCCACGGGACGCGACGUGGAGGUGCAUUUCAUAGCACAAAAUAUGACCACAUUGGAUGAUCCGGACACGGCCAAUUUUGAGGGCAUGUUUGAGUUCGUGAAGGCGCCCACCAGCUGCAAGGACGGCAGACGCAAGUUUGGACCCAGCGGCACCAUCGACAUGACCUUCGGUGAUAUCGAAUGCCGCUCCAGACCCUGGCUUAUCGAACCCUCCAAUGGCAACAAGUUUCUCUAUGUGCGUCUCAAGGCCAUCUUUCUGAGCAAACACAAUCCGAGAAAGACGUUGAACGCGACCCAUUUGGAGACCAACAGCUGGCGCUGCGAGACCAAGGCCCGUGCGGUGCUCACCACAUCGGAGGGUCUGACCAUUGUGGCCUGUCCGCUGAGUCCCGAUUCGAACGCUUACGAAUUUGUGGAGAUCUUCAGCUCCGGCUGGAACGAACGACCCAAUUUCGCGCUGAUCAAUCAUUCCCGUGCGAUAAGCGUCGAGUUUCUGCGUCCCAGCAAUGGCGAUUACACCUUCAAUUGGAUGGAACUGGUGCCCAGACCAACGCUCAGCAUAGCUGAGGAUUGUCAAUUCAAGUGCGCGGAGCUGGGCGCCUGUGUGAAUGCGAGCGUCUGGUGUGAUGGCAUCAUCCAUUGUCCCUCCGGCGAUGAUGAGGCGUUCCUCCAGUGCUCCGCUCUGAUGAAACUGCCCGCCGAAAUACUUGCCACGCUCUGUCUGAUAUUUGUGCUCUCGUGUUGUGCUUUCGCCGCCUUUGCCUACAAAAAAAUCAAACGCAAAUUGCGCGGCUCAUCGGUGCUGCAGACGCGUCUCAAGUCGCUCAGCUCGAUGGAUACGGCGGUGCUGGAUGAAAAGGAGGUGAUUUGCUGACAAAGCGACAAUUCUGUGCGUUACGUUGAGAUCGAUCGUGUGACCACGGUCUGAUUGUCGACGGCCACUAACGUGCAGAAUUGUGCCCCGGAACUGAAACUGAAAUCAAUACUAAACAAACAAAACACAAAACAAAACAUAAAUCCAAAAACUGAAAACGCGAUCAAAAGGCAAUAUAAUAUGCUCGACAUUAAAAAAAAAAAAAAAAAAAAAACAAAUCAAAAAAAAAAAAACAAACUCAAUACCGAAAUCAAAAGUCGUUCACACCUGUUUUUAAAAUGCAUUUAAAUCAAAAAGAAAAACCAAAAAACCAAGAGAAAGGUUUUAUUUCGUAUUUAAACUCGGUUUUAUACAGUUUAUAUAUAUAAAUAUAUAUAUAUAGAAAUGUGGGUAAGAGACUCGACAACACGAGCUGUUUUAUAAGCAAUUUUUCUAGGCCUAACUUGAUAUUUUCUUUUCCCAUGCAAGUUGUCGUCGCAAUACUUUUUUCACACACUGUACAUACAAUAAGCGGACGUUACGUAGCAUUUAGAGCGACAAAUUUCCGCUAGGUUUUUUACAAAAGUUUACCGAAUUACCAAAAGCUCAUAGACCUAUGUAGAUACAACUGUUUCCUAAUAGCCUCUAAGAAAACGACAUACUAGCCAAAAUAAAAUUAAUCAAAACAAGUUGACUAAAAACCUUUUGAAAAUAAACAAAAAGAAAAGCAAUUAACUCUUAGUUAGUGGUGGGCGGGGCUACAACGCCCUAACUGAGUACUCGUAGUAAUUAUUUCUUCUGGUAAGUCCAUGUCGGGCCGACCACAGCAUUUAUUAUGCGACGCACAAAUAAACCAAAAAGUGACUAAUUGAAAAAGAGUAAUAUAUUAAACAAAA